AUGAAGCGGGCCAAGGACGGCACGGUGGUCCACGUUCAGCCGCCGCGCGUGCUGCGCUCUGCGAGCUCGUCGCCGAGCGUCCUCGUCCGCACCAAGUCGGCCAACGCGUCGUGGGCCAAGCACCCGCGCAACCGGUAUCGGGUGAUCCCCGUGCUCCGAAAAGGCAGUUUGAACCACCCGUUCCACAAGCCAAUGCGGGGCCGCGACCCGAAAGAGCUGCACCGCAAGUCGACGUCGCUUGAGAAGCUCUACGAUCUCACGCUCGUCGUCGCGUUAUCGUCGGUCUCGCACGUCUUUGCCAAGUCGAUGGAGUACGGGGACAGCAUUUUUCGCAACUGUGUACAAUUUGUCAUGCUCUUCUUUACGAUCUGGAACGCGUGGCUGCCGUUCAUUUGGUUCUCGUCCUCGUAUGACGUCGACGACGUGCUCUACCGCAUCGGGACGCUCGGGCAAAUGAUUGGUAUCCUCGUCGUCGCCGACGGCAUUCAGAACAACCUCUCGGAGGUGCUCGUUGGCUAUGUGAUUUUGCGGCUCUUCCUCGAAGUGUUUCUCCGCGGCCGGGCCGCGUACCAGGACCCCGAGCACCGCGGUAUUAACGUCAAGUGCUCGGCCGCGAGUCUUCUUCUCCUUGUCGGCUGGGGCGUGCUCUUUCAUAGCGACAUGAGCGACCUCGUCUUCCAAGUGUGCUACGUUCUUUUAGGGCUGCUCGAGUUCGGCGUUCCAAUGGUGAUCAUUGCCACGUCGCCCGUGCAGCACCGGUACCACGCCCAUCACAUUUCGGAGCGCUACUCGGAGUUUACGAUCAUUGUGUUUGGCGAGUGCCUCCUCUCGCUCUCCCGUGCCACGGUCAUCGAGUCGACAUUCUUCAACUACCGGUCGCUCGCAACGCUCAUUUUCUCAAUGAUCCUGCUCUUCAUGCUCUGGUGGUUCUACUUCCUCAUGCCCUUUGGGUACGUCAUGGACGCGGACCCGAGCACGGCCUUUCGAAUUGGCCGCGGCCACUUUUUCAUUCACGGUUCCCUUGCGGCGUUUGCCACCGGGCUCUUUAUGGUCGCGCGCUGCGCCAAUACGGUCGACCCGCUUACGACCACCGACACUGUGUUGCACGGCACCAAUGCGACGACCGACCAAGUCAUGUCGACGCAAACCGCUUCGAUGAUGAUUGCGGUGCCGAUCGCAGCCUUCUUGGUGUCGCUACCUGCCGUGAUUGGGCUACCACCCGUCGCAUAUUUAAAGGUGGGGGUCGUCGGCCUCGUCCAAGUGGUCCUUGGUCUCUUUGUGACAUCCCAUGUCCCGCUGGAAGUGAUGCUGUUUCUCUACUGCAUCCCCGUGUGCACGCUGCUCGUGAGCGUCAUUUGGCAAGGCGGCAUUGACGAAGAGACCAAGACGAUGGCGCUCGCGGCUCUCUGGUACCGACAAUGA